AUUAAUCUCUCGUCCUGCGUUAUCUUGACAAUCUCCAUCCUGAUUCAAUGCCGAAUACAUAUAUUUUGGAAUCGCAGUAACAUGUCGAGGGCCAGACGAGCCAAUAUCUCUGGCUCGUCAAUAAUCAGCCGUGAAAGUGCAAACGACCUUCCUUUUGAAGAUGACGCGUCUGCAUUCAGCAGGAACUUCCAUAGUACACCUGUGCCCUGGCAGUACACCCUCCGUGGCUCGAAUUCAAUCAUUGGCCGUGCAAAGAAUAUUCCAAGGAACCUCACAAUAUUCCCGCAGCUUGGUAUGUUUUCGGUCGCCCUGUUCAAACACAACGCAAAGUAUAUGUCCGUGGUGGCUUGCAUGUGACUCACAACUAAUACCAGAUGCUCACGAUCCCUGUACAUG